AUGGCUCCGCCGACCUAUAUUAUCUCUCGGGUGGGUGACCCUAUCUUCGCCCUCCUGAUUGGACUCGGGGCAACUGUGACGAGGAUCAACCGCGAAGCAAAGGAGAAGGGCAAGACUACAGAGCAGACGAUCGAAGCAGGCAAACGGCGGUUAAGUAGCCUGUUCAAGUAA